AUGGCCGCCACAGCGCAGACCGGCUCCCUGGUGCCCGCGUGCUGUGCGGGCUGGAGGCAGCAGGGGGACGAGUGCGGGAUAGCGGUGUGCGAGGGCAACUCCACGUGCUCGGACAACGAGGUGUGCGUUCGGCCCGGCGAGUGCCGCUGCCGCCACGGCUACUUCGGAGCCAACUGCGACACCAAGUGCCCGCGGCAGUUCUGGGGUCCCGACUGCAAGGAGCUUUGCAGCUGCCACCCGCACGGGCAGUGCGAAGACGUGACGGGCCAGUGUACGUGCCACGCGCGACGCUGGGGCGCGCGCUGCGAGCACGCGUGCCAGUGCCAGCACGGCGCGUGCCACCCGCGGAGCGGCGCGUGCCGCUGCGAGCCGGGCUGGUGGGGCGCGCAGUGCGCCAGCGCCUGCUACUGCAGCGCCACGUCGCGCUGCGACCCGCAGACGGGCGCGUGCCUGUGCCACGCGGGCUGGUGGGGCCGCAGCUGCAACAACCAGUGCGCCUGCAACGCGUCGCCCUGCGAGCAGCAGAGCGGCCGCUGCCAGUGCCGCGAGCGGACCUUCGGCGCGCGCUGCGAGCGCUUCUGCCAGUGCUUCCGCGGCCGCUGCCACCCGGUGGACGGCACGUGCGCCUGCGAGCCGGGCUACCGCGGCAAGUACUGCCGCGAACCGUGCCCCGCCGGCUUCUACGGCCUGGGCUGCCGCCGCCGGUGCGGCCAGUGCAAGGGUCAGCAGCCAUGCACGGUGGCCGAGGGCCGCUGCUUGACGUGCGAGCCGGGCUGGAACGGCACCAAGUGCGACCAGCCGUGCGCCAGCGGCUUCUACGGCGAGGGCUGCGGUCACCGCUGCCCGCCGUGCCGCGACGGCCAUGCCUGUAACCACGUCACCGGCAAGUGCACGCGCUGCAACGCGGGCUGGAUUGGCGACCGGUGUGAGACCAAGUGCAGUAAUGGCACCUACGGCGAGGACUGCGCCUUCGUGUGCGCAGACUGCGGCAGCGGCCACUGUGACUUUCAAUCCGGGCGCUGCCUGUGUAGCCCCGGCGUCCACGGCCCCCACUGUAACUUGACGUGUCCACCUGGGCUCCACGGCGUGGACUGCGCCCAGGCCUGCAGCUGCCACGAAGACUCAUGCGACCCGGUCACCGGUGCCUGCCGCCUGGAGACCAACCAGCGCAAGGGCGUGAUGGGCGCGGGCGCGCUGCUGGCCCUGCUCCUUGGCCUGCUGCUCUCUCUACUCGGCUGCUGCUGCGCGUGCCGCGGCAAGGACCCGGCGCGCAGGGAGCUCUCUCUCGGGAGGAAGAAGGCGCCGCAAAGGCUGUGCGGACGCUUCAGCCGCAUCAGCAUGAAGCUGCCCCGGAUUCCACUCCGCAGGCAGAAGCUGCCCAAGGUGGUAGUGGCCCACCACGACUUGGACAACACCCUCAACUGCAGCUUCCUGGAGCCGCCCUCCGGACUGGAGCAGCCUUCCCCUUCGUGGUCUUCCAGGGCCUCCUUCUCCUCGUUCGAUACCACCGAUGAAGGCCCUGUGUACUGUGUACCCCAUGAGGAGGCUACGGCCGAAAGCCGGGACUUGGAGGCCCCUGCUGCCCCAGCCGAAGCUCUGGCGCCAUCCGCAGCGCCUCUGACCACGCCCUCGUCCCCAGAGGAGGCGUCUCCCCUCCCCGCGUCUUCGGACAGCGAGCGGUCUGCAUCGAGCAUGGAGGGGCCCGGAGGGGCCCUGUACGCGCGCGUGGCCCGGCCGGCCCGGGCUCGAGGCGAAGCCGGGGGCCUGUCGCUGUCGCCGUCUCCUGAGCGCAGGAAGCCGCCGCCGCCUGACCCCGCCACCAAGCCCAAGGUGUCCUGGAUACACAGCAAGCACGGGGGCGCGGUCGCCAUUGCCCGUGCGCCCUCGCCGCCGCCCCCAGCCCCCGAGCCCGCGCCCAGUCCCAGCAAGAGGAAACGGACUUCCAUGCUGGCCGCUGAGCUGCGCGGCAAGACUCGCAGCCUGGGCCGCGCCGAGGGGGCCCUGGGCGCGCAGGGCUCCCGGGAGAAGCCGGCGCCACCACAGAAGGCCAAGCGCUCAGUGCUGCCUGCCUCUCCGGCGCGCACGCCCCCCUCACCCGAGGCACCAGGGCCGGAGAAAGCGGUCGGUGCACCCGCGCCCGAGACCCCCCGGAAGAAGACGCCCAUCCAGAAGCCGCCGCGCAAGAAGAGCCGGGAGGCGGCGGGCGAGCUGAUGAGGGCGGGAGCGCCCACCCUGUAG